AUGUGUGGUGAUCAUGUAGACGAUAAUAUGAGAAUCUCGAUGACUUGUCAGGGUACCGAUUAUCGACUAGACGCCGCUCCCAUAUCGGCCGCGAUUCUGGGUACGGUGCGGGGUCCACCAGUUGAAAUGGUUCCGUUCAAUGGCGACCAACAUCGAUGUCACGCGGUCCAUAGUCGGCGUGCCCACUGGAUUUCAUCUCAGACUGGCUGGGUGCUUGUCAGUAACACACUCACACUUGUAUUGUUCCGUUACAUUCACUGUCCUGGCCUAGCACAGGCACCAUGCACAGGUCCUUCUCUGCAUCACAUGAAUGCUUUUCCGUUUCUCUUCGAUACGACUCAUUGCCCUGAGCUGAUCCGGUACGGCUAUUUGGAGCUGCAACAUCGAUCUAUCUUCUCCAAAUCAGUAAGAAGUGAUUGCGAUCUUCUGUCUGAAACGGGUCAGAGUACAAUUGAUGGAAUAGCAAUCACUAUCAAUAGACAACUGGUUCACAAUCACCCAACCCAACGAACUCUGCAACGGCACACACUCGUACGCACCGGAUCGUUGGAGGUCGCCGUCCCGACUGCUCAGCAAUAUGCAGUCGCCUAUCCUUCCAUGAGCGAUCCGAUCGGGGAUCGAGGGUAUGCUUACUCAUCUGUUGGCUCUACUUUCCCCCUUUACUUACGGCAACAGGUUCAGAUAGGCCAUGUCGUCCACAAUGGAACCCCUUGUGAUCAAUUGUUGCAACCACUCUGA